AUGACAUUACCAAAAUUUUCAUUGCUUGCAAAUAAAUUAGCUCAAAUACGUGCAAAAUAACUUGCUUUAAAUUUUAAAGAAGAUCAACUUAAACCUUUAAUAUUAUCAGAUUCAAAAAUCAAUUAGUUGGUUCCAAAUUUCUUUACAAAUCAAAAUAAUUUUGAGUUGUAUGAACUCAAAGAUGAAUAUAAGACAAUACCUAAUUCUUAAAAUUUUAAUAGUACUAGUAAUACAUUUACUUAAUUAAAAAUACCUAUAGGAUAGAAUUAAAAAUUAAGAACCUAAUUUACUAAAUUAUAAACUAAAUAUGCAAGAAUAGGAAGAUUAUUAGAAGUGUUAGAUUUAUAAGUAGGUUUUGUAGGAUAUAAACAUUCAUAUGCUGAUUUCUCUAAUCGUUUAAUAACAAUAGCAACAUUAGGAGUUUAUGAUUUUCUAUUCUAUAAAUAAGAAUUUGAUUAUAACAAAGAUAUAAUAAUGAAUUCAUAUGUAAGUUAUGUUGGUAAAUCAUCUAUUGAAAUUAAUAGUGAUUUAUUUUAAGAUAACUAAUUGGCUGCUACAGUUUCUUUUGUGAUGGUUAGUAGGAAUGCAGAAAAGUAUGAUUAAUCUUAACCUGUACCUUAAUUAUUAGAUGAAUAACAUCCUGAUAUUAAAGAAUCUUGUUUUAUUAGAAAAUAAUUAGGAAUAUUGAAUUAAUAAAGAAGAAUUUAAGAAUCUAAACUAUAAUAAGAACCACCAAAUUAAAAUGAAUCAAGAUAUUUGCAUGAUAUGAUGAAAAAAAGAGAUGAUAGUCUAUUCAUUAGUCAAACUAAAUUAGAUAAGAAUAUUAUGAUGCAUACUUAAGAUAGAAAUCUACAUGGGAAAGCAUUUGGAGGUCAUAUAAUGAAAGAAAUUAUUGAAUUAGGUUGGUUAGUUGGUUAUAAACAUGCUUUAGGAAAUGAUGUAUACAUAAUUCAUAUUUUUGAUGUAACUUUCCUUGCACCAGUUGCAAUAGGGAGUAUUAUAAAUUAAUCUGGAAAGAUAUGUUAUGUAGAAGAUGAUAUUAUGAUAAUUUAAGUGUAAGUAGAUGUCCACAAUUACAAAGAUAGCAAAGUGACAAUUCUAAAAACAUCUGAAGUUUACUUAGCAAUGAAAUCAUCAAUACCAAUCAAAUAAGUUUAACCAUAAACAUAUGAAGAAGCAAUGUUAUUUUUACAUGGUAAAAGAAUGAUGGAAAAAUUAAAAUAUGAUUGA